AAUCCAAUCCAUACAUUGCUAAUACAUCUGUAAACAAAGGUUGUGCCAGUCGUACUGGUCGUACUCUAGCCGCUUUUUUUUAGUUUAGAACUGUCGGAUUUGCUUAAAAACAUGCCCGACAUCUCUGCUUGCAAAUUAGACUAAGAAAGCUCCCUAAGGAUUAACCAUUCAGUGAAUAACUGAUCGCGAUUUACCGUGCUCAACAUGUCGGCAUACGACACCGUCCGAAGAGGAAAGCUCGUCUUCAAAGGGGAAAAGAAAAGGAAACGGAAGAGUAAGAGCAAAUCUGCAGACGGUUCCAGCAGCAGCGAGCAGAAAUCUGGAAAUGAGGACACCAUCAACCACGGAGGCUGGUGGGAAGCGAAGGUCAUCGACGAAUUCACCGGCCCAAUCGCCCUCGAGUUCUCUCCGCACUGCUACGUCUCUUCGCUGGACAAUGGGCUGUUUGUGCUCGGCGGUCCGCAUCCCCCCGGAGAGGGUCCCUCGCCCGAGGAAAUCCUGACGGCCGUCAAGCUUUCCGAAACAAAGAUUGCCCUCAAGUCCGGCUACGGAAAGUACCUCUGUGUCCAGCCGGACGGAGCCGUUGUGGGGAGGUCGGAUGCCAUUGGACCGCUUGAGCACUGGGAACCGGUCUUUCAAGAUGGAAAAAUGGCCCUGCAAGCAAGCAACAGCUGCUUUCUGACUGUCAGUGACGGCACGGACAUUCUGGCUAAUGCAGUGACGGCCGGGGACAACGAAAUGCUCAAGGUCCGCUCGAUGGCCAAGGCAGAGACCUCGAACGACAAGGGCCUUCCAGAAGAGGAAAAGGGAACUACAAAGGAGUGCGAGCUCAAUUACGUGAAGAAGUUCCAGAGUUUCCAGGACCGAAAACUGCGCAUCAGCCAGCAGGACAGAGGGGAACUGAAGCGGGCAAGGAUAGAGGGGCGCCUGCACGAAACCCUGCUCGAUCGACGGUCCAAAAUGAAGUCCGACAAAUUCUGCAAAUAAACGACGCGGCAAUCUGCAA